GCCGGCCCGGGCCGGCGGACUCGCUCCCUCCCUCGCGUCCCCCCCGCCCCGCCCCAUCCCGCGCGCCCACCGUUCUCCCGGCUCCCCGGGGCCAAGCAUGUAGCCCGCGUCGGGCACCAGGGCCGCCCGCAGCUCACGCCCGCCCCCCGCCGUCGCGUGUGCCGGGUGCGCGGCGCGGGCGACCCAGCCAGCGAGCGGCCUGCCCCGCCGCCGGAGCCCGCCCCUCGGGCCUCCCUCCCGCCCCGUCCCGGGCGCCCUCCGCGGGGCCUUCUAUAUGGGCCACCUCCUCUCGAAGGAGCCGCGUAACCGCCCGAGCCAGAAGAGGCCUCGCUGCUGCAGCUGGUGCCGCCGCCGGCGCCCCCUGCUCAGACUGCCCCGCCGGGCCCCGGCCAAGGCGGCCCCGCGGCCCGCGGCGCCCCGGAGCCGGGACUGCUUCUUCCGCGGGCCCUGCAUGCUCUGCUUCGUCGUGCACAGCCCCGGCGCGCCCGCCCCCGCCGGCCUAGAGGAGGAGCCGCCGCUGUCGCCGCCGCCGCGGGACGGGGGCCUCGCCGCCGCCGCCGCCUCCCCGCAGCACCUGGCGCGGCGCUACGCGGCCCUGGCCGCCGAGGACUGCGCCGCCGCCGCCCGCCGCUUCCUGCUGUCCUCGGCCGCCGCCGCCGCCGCCGCCGCCGCCGCCUCGUCGCCCGCGUCCUGCUGCAAGGAGCUGGGGCUGGCCGCCGCCGCCGCCGCCGCCUGGGAGCAGCAGGGCCGGAGCCUCUUCCUGGCCGGCGUGGGGCCCGUGCGCUUCCUGGGGCCGCCGGCCGCCGUGCAGCUCUUCCGGGGGCCGCCGCCGCCGCCGCCGCCGCCGCCGCCGCAGGCCGAGCCGCCCGCGGUCCUCGAGAUGGUUUGCAAGCGGAAGGGGGCCGGGGUCCCCGCCUGCACCCCCUGCAAGCAGCCCCGCUGCGGCGGCGGCGGCGGGGGCUGCGGCGGGGGCGGCGGCGGCGGCGGGGGAGGGCCCGCGGGGGGAGGGGCCUCGCCGCCGCGGCCGCCCGACGCCGGCUGCUGCCAGGCCCCGGAGCAGCCCCCGCCGCCGCUCUGCCCGGCGCCCGCCUCUCCCGCCUCCGAGUGCGGCCCCGCCGAGGCUGCCGGGGACGACGUCCGAGCCGGGGGCACCGCCCCCUCGUCCGCCCAGCCGCAGCCUGAGUGUGGCGAAGCGGACUGUCAGGAGCCCCCCGAGAACCCCUGCGACUGUCACAGGGAGCCGCCCCCCGACAUCCCAGACAUCAACCAACUGCCGCCGUCCAUCCUGCUUAAGAUAUUUUCCAAUUUGUCCCUGGAUGAGCGCUGCCUUUCUGCAUCGUUGGUUUGCAAGUACUGGCGUGACCUUUGUUUAGAUUUCCAGUUCUGGAAGCAGCUAGACCUUAGUAGUCGUCAGCAGGUUACUGAUGAAUUAUUGGAAAAAAUUGCAUCCAGAAGCCAGAAUAUAAUUGAAAUCAACAUUUCUGAUUGUCGCAGUAUGUCUGAUACUGGCGUGUGUGUUCUAGCAUUUAAGUGUCCUGGACUUCUUAGGUAUACAGCCUACAGGUGUAAACAGCUUUCUGACACCUCCAUUAUUGCUGUCGCCUCCCACUGCCCUUUACUGCAGAAAGUGCAUGUAGGCAACCAGGACAAACUAACUGAUGAAGGACUCAAACAGCUGGGCUCAAAAUGCAGAGAACUGAAAGAUAUCCAUUUUGGCCAGUGUUACAAGAUCUCCGAUGAAGGCAUGACUGUCAUAGCUAAGGGCUGCCUGAAGUUACAAAGGAUAUACAUGCAGGAAAACAAAUUAGUGACAGACCAGUCAGUGAAGGCCUUUGCUGAGCACUGCCCUGAACUCCAGUAUGUUGGUUUCAUGGGCUGUUCAGUUACUUCCAAAGGAGUCAUUCACCUCACCAAGCUGAGAAACCUUUCCAGCUUGGACCUCCGUCAUAUCACUGAACUCGAUAAUGAAACUGUGAUGGAAAUCGUCAAGAGGUGCAAAAACCUGAGCUCUCUGAACCUCUGUCUGAACUGGAUCAUAAAUGACAGGUGUGUGGAGGUCAUUGCAAAGGAGGGACAAAACCUGAAAGAGCUGUACUUGGUGUCCUGUAAAAUCACCGAUUAUGCACUGAUAGCCAUUGGGCGAUACAGCGUGACGAUAGAGACCGUGGAUGUUGGAUGGUGUAAAGAAAUCACUGAUCAAGGAGCCACCCUGAUCGCACAGAGCAGCAAAUCCCUGAGAUACUUGGGCCUGAUGAGAUGUGAUAAAGUCAAUGAAGUGACAGUAGAGCAGCUGGUACAGCAGUACCCCCACAUCACCUUCAGCACGGUUCUGCAGGACUGCAAGAGGACCUUGGAGAGAGCCUACCAGAUGGGCUGGACCCCCAAUAUGUCUGCCGCCACCUCCUAACACUCUUGCCCAUGCCUGGGCCUACUCAGGUCGUUGAGCAGGGUGGAGAAGUGGGGUGCUAGAACAGGGAGUCUUUGGGAAAGGUCUUAACCAUCACCUGUCUGUGUCUGUACCCAAGAAUUCUGUUUGUGUCUCGUUUGCAUACUGCACAGCGUAAGCAUGCUUGUUCGCUAUGUCCAGGUGAGCUGGCUUGUCUUCCUAAAAACGGAAGAUUGAGAAAACCACAAACGUCUUGUUUUCUAAUUCAAACGUUUAUUUCUUUUAAAAAGACUUAUGAAAUCUCAAGUGAGAAAACUUUGAGCUUCUAAGUUCUGCCACAUCUUGGAGAUGCUCACAAAAGGCUGUCUUUUGUGAUGGGAAAUGUAUACUUUUGUUGAGACUAGAACAGAAGUAAUACUGUUCUAACUAGAAGCCUGGUACCCCUCAAAAUCUGGGAGUAUGCACCCACAGUCCCACCCUUGGGUACUGCCGUGCCUGUGCACACAUGCUAGGCCAGUUUCUUGGUAAAUUAUUUCCUGACAGAGGGACUUUCCUGGGUUGUGGAGGAAGCAUGCAGUCUGCUCUGGCUGUGCCUAACUCACCGUGCCCACAGGCGGUCAGCUUGCUGUCUUGUGGGUUCCCUAGGAACCAGAGAGGAGAAAGCCUUUUGUAAAUUUGUAUAUGGAGGCAACAGCCCGAAGUCCCCUGGCCAGCUCACAGAGGUUAGCUAUUCAUUAUUCUGUAAAUGCACUCUGUUAAGUGAUAAAUGUUUUAGUUGGUUUUAUGUUAACACUGUGCUAGCUUUUACUUAGUGGAUAAUUACUGCUCCCGAUGUAUUUUAAUGACAUUUGGGGCUAAUCUUAGCAUUAUCCACAUAGAAGCCACAAAUGUAAUUAAUGGUGUGCAGUUAUUUUAAAAAUUUUACAGAUCAUUUCAUUAUUUUGGUAAUUAUGAAAAUAUAUUCGGAGGUGGGGUAGUCCUAUUGAUAGAAGAUUAAUGAAUGAGAUGUAAGUAGGCAAUCUUCCUAUUGAUUUUCUUCUCUUGCUUUGGGACUUAGAGCAGGUUUUUUGAAUAUAUGCAUGUUAUAUUUUGAAUAGUUCUGACUCUACUGCAAAGAUCUACUGUUAGCUAAUGUAUGAGUUAAGGAGAGAAUUUAGAAAAUCUGUUCAUUAAGAUUCUGUUUACACUUGCCAGAAAUAAGUAUUUUAGUUUAAUUAAAUAUUACCAGCUUUUAGUUAUGUCAGUACCUCUCAGAAAAUGAGUAUAUUUUUUGAUUUCACACAUCUUUACAGUUAAUUCCUUGUAGGGACUCAGGCUCUAGUAACCUCUCCUGUCUAGAUUUAUAAUCAGGCAGCAGAGAGCCUUUUUAAGCUAAAGAGUGAUUAUCUUUCAUAGUAGGAGAAGCAAAACUUUGACUUUUGAACUUGCUAUUUAUUCUCCCCUUAUGUGGUCUUUGGUCUUUACCAAUUAUAAUGAGGUUUGAGUUUAUUUCCUAUAAAUUCCAACAUUGCUGAAUGAUACUAGCUGUAAGAAGCAGAAAGCAGCCUUACAUUUGAAUGCUAUUUACAUAUGUAUAAUGACUUCUUUUCUGUAGAAAAUGUUUGUUUCCCUUGAAUAUGUAAGCAUGCCUCAGAUUAUGGCAUUUUUUGUUUCAGUCCCAAUCAGUUAAAAAAUCUACUGAGAAAGUACCAAGAAUGCUUUUUUCGUAAUCAAACGGGUUGUAGUUUAAUUUGGAGGGAAUGAAAAUUGUUUAAGAAAGAGCUGUUUACCAUUAGAAAACUACAUUUCUUCUUAUACAUUGAAUUGUAUCAUUUUAUAUCCAUUCUCCAUACUAAAAAAAAAAGUUAUUUCAUAAUAUUUUAACUGGUUUUUAACCCAAAACUAAUUUAUAAGACAGUAUGUAUAGUAAUAGUAGCUUGAGUGAAUAAACAAAAGCUUAAUUUUUAUAUAUGUCACACUAUAUUUUAAAUAGUUACAAAAGAAGGGAAAUCCACCUUUGAUACAGAUGGUACAGUUUCAGUUCAAAGUUGUAAUAAUCUUUAGAGUGUUGCAGUUUAGUUGUCAAUGGUUUCAGAGUGUAAAAUUGAUUUUUUAAACGUCGCAUUCUUGGAACCUAAAGUCCAGCACUCUAACAUGCUUUAGCUUGGGGGUGGGGAGCUGCACUUACUCUCUAAGAUGCUGACUAAUACAGAAAGCCUGAUGCAACAGAACCCGGAAAAUGGCUUUGGUUCAUUUGUAGAAAUCUGUAGAAAUAUCAUAUGCAGCCUCAAAGCAUUAAUCUUAAAAAGCAGCCAAGAAAAGCAUCACCUCGGGUGAUCCUGUAGAGGGUGUUGAAUGUGCUCUCAUUAGAUGCUUUGAAAUGAGGCUUAAAAUACUUUUUCUGGGCAAUAUAGUCCCUUUUUCUGCUUAGACUGUCAUAAAUACAUGUGAACACAUUUAAUGCAGGGCUUUUUAUCCUCUCCAAAUGUCAACAGUAUUUUCAGAAUAAAGCCUAUGAAACACAUUGCUGUCGUGGAAAAAUUCUGGUCUUUGGUCUUUAAUGUCCUUUUGAGUGAAUUAAAAAAAAAAAUUCACCCAGUUUGUAGUUUCUAUAUUUCUGUGAAUCUUUUGACCUUGCAAUGGGUUGCAAUAAAAGAGAAACAAAACUCCA